UUAAUAUGUUGAGUUAGAAAGAACAGUCAACUGCGUGUAGCGCUGAUCAAUUCAGCAAUUGCCUACAUUGACCAAAAUGCACCGCGGCCAACUGUGAAGCGCUGAGAGACGGAACUGCUAAAGAUUGUCGAUAAUGUUUGACUCUAGUUUUUCAUUCAUUUAUCCAGCGUUAUCUUGUAUAAGCUGUACAUUAAGGAAAAACCGAACACAUGGCAAGUAAAAAACUAAGAAGAGCGGGUGUGUCGCAGGAAUUAUGUGAACUUCUCAAUCGUCACCAUGUGGAAAGUUGCAAGGAUCUCCUGUCCCUUACCCCGCUGGAAGUGAUGCGGGUUGCGGGACUGAGCUAUCAAAAUGCCUUAGCUUUGAUGCGAUCUGUCAGCCAACACUGUGCGCCCCCAGUUACAACGCUCUUGGAGCUGUGGAAGCCGAAGUCAGAGAGCUUUUUUUCCACGUCUCUUCCCGCUCUUGACGAUUUCCUCCGUGGAGGUCUGCCUUUGGGGACCAUCACCGAGUUGGCGGGUCCAUCAGGAUGUGGUAAGACCCAGAUGUGUGUGAUGCUCAGCGUCCUCGCCACCCUCCCCAGGGCUCUGGGGGGGCUGGACGCCGGCGUGGUCUACAUUGACACCGAGUCGGCCUUCAGUGCAGAGAGGCUGGUGGAGAUGGCCCAGGCGCGGUUCCCAGAACACUUCUCCUCCAGGGAGCGGGUUCUGCAGAUGGCCAGCCGGGUCCACGUCUUCAGGGAGCUCACAUGUCAGGACGUUCUCAACAGGCUGGACCGACUGGAGGUGGACAUUAUCUCCACCAAGGCGGGUCUGGUGAUCCUGGACUCGGUGGCUUCGGUAGUGCGUAAAGAGUUUGACACCACCCUACCGGGUAACCUCGCAUCCCGCUCAAACCUGCUGACUCAGGAGGCCUCCACCCUCAAGUACCUGGCGCACCAGUUCAACAUCCCAGUUGUCCUGACCAAUCAGAUAACGACAUACCUUGGAAAUGGAGGUGGUGGCGUGCCAGGUGAAGGGGAUUCUGGGUAUGUGAUUGCAGCGCUGGGGAACACGUGGAGUCACACCGUCAACACACGCCUUAUCGUUCAGUAUGUGGACGCCCGCCAACGACAGAUAGUGAUAGCCAAGUCUCCAGUGGCUCCCUACGCUGUGUUGAAUUACACCAUCCAGAAGGAAGGCAUCUGUCUGGACGGCGACAACCAGGAGCCAAUUGGUGAGGCUAGAGACCCCGGGCUUCAACCAAUCAGAGUGAGGACGGAAUUCAAGUACAGCCUGAGCCAGGCUGUGGGGACGGACGGUGGCUCUUGAUCGUCUGAGAGAUCACGUGCGUUAACCGGUUUUCUGGGAUCAGUUAAAACAUGCUCAUCGUAUUAUAUGUGUUUGUUUGUGAUUUUUUACACAUCGCUUUCGCAACUGUGAGACCAACGAUAAUGGUGAAGAAAUGGGACUCGCAUUGGAAACAGGAGGUGUUUUGUAUUUCUGUUCACAUGAAUAAAUAAGUAUUUAAUAAACACAUAUUGAACUCA